UGAUAACGUUAUAUUCAUAAAGGGCGUGACAGAGAUAACCUGGCUUAUCAGUGAACCUUUUCCUAUAAGGAAGUGUUUAAAGUUUAGUGUCAAUAACUGAAACAUGUUUGUGACAAAAUACCUGCAGUAUAAACAAAGGAAUUCUUAAUAAAUAUCCGCUGAAGUUUCGAUUGUGUUGAAGUAACACCUUUUUAUUCUUCGGUAUAAAAUAUCUGUUGUAAAUUCUAUACGGAGAAAUCCCGGAUACGAUGGGAUGUUGUGAGGGCUGUGGACAAAUUCUGCUGGUGCUGAUAAACUUUCUGUUUUCACUGAUCGGUAUAGCACUUCUGGUUGUAGCAUGUUUAGUUCGGUUCGGUUCAGAUCUGCUAGAUUCUUAUCUCCAAGGCGCUUACAGUGCGUUCCAGAAAGCGCUUGAAGAAGCUGCCGCAAGCAAUGACGUAAACAUAAGUGAACUUGACAUUGGCGAUCUGGCAGGGGACGCUUCUCUAGCGUUCAUUGUAAUUGGUGCUUUUUUCUUCGUUUUGGGAAUUUUCGGAUGCAUCGGAGCUGUUUGUAAAGUUAAAUUCCUCCUGAUAGUUUAUACUAUUGUGCUAUUGACCAUAUUUGUCGCCGAACUUAUCUUUGUGAUCCUCCUGUUUACAAUAAAAUCUACGAUUGACGGUUGGAUAAGAACACCCCUUAUUACAAAACUAGAAAAAGACUACACUGGGACAAAUGGCACCGAUCCUUUCUCAUUGACAAUGAAUUUUGUGAUGCACGAGUUUAAAUGUUGUGGAAUAGAUAACUACAGCGAAUUUAAUGCCACAACUAAAUGGAAUAGAACUCAAAGUGACCAAAUAAUUCCAUAUAUAUGCUGCAUGAAUACCAAAGAUAAAACCUGUGUUACAAACCCGUCAUCAAAUAAUUCCUACAUUAAUCAGGGUUGUUACGAGGCCAUAAAUGAUUGGCUAACAGAUCACAGCAAUGUCCUGAUAGGAGCAGGGGCUGGUGUUGCUGCCGUUCAGUUACUUCUGAUCAUUUUCUCACUGACAAUUUGCUGUCAGAAUCGUAAUAAUGACGAUGACAAGAACAGUUACAGUGACGACAUUGCCAUACAACCAUACCGGGAACCAGAACAAUAUGGUCACCAAAAUGAUUUUUAUAAUGGUUCCCCGCCUAAUAGUCAUUCUGAUUUGCGCUCACAACAAUACAGGUACGGCGGGUACCAGGGGCAACAGCAACCAUAUGACCGUGCCUAUCCGGAACCAUAUAAAGGAAGACAUGACUAUUACACAGGCCCGCCAGCCGGGUAUGGAACAAGAGACCCGCAUAGACGAUGAUAAACAAAAACUUUAAAAUGUGUAUAUUUGUCAUUUAUUUUGUGUUGCAUAUUUAUGUCUAUGUUUUACUUGUUAGUUACAACUUUUUUAGGAAAGAAAAUAUGUAUCGGACAAAGUUCUUAACGUUUUGUUUAAUAUGAUAUAAAUAUAAACAACUUUCUUUUACUUCAUCAGCUAUGAAUAAAUAUAAAUACAUGUA